AUGAAAGCGAUACAAAUACAAAUAGUUUCAGUUAUCGUGUAUCAUUCACAGUACGUAUUAAGAACGCGAGCAGCGUAACACAAAAAUACAAUGAAUUUUCAAACGAUUCAUUUGUUGGUGUUAAGUGCGCUCGCUUGCGAUGCAUAUAAGAUAUUGCUCGUGUUUCCGUUCCCUUCGAAAAGCCACGCUAUUCUCGGAGAGGGUUACGUCAGGAAUCUCCUAAAAGCAGGACAUGAACUGACCUACAUAACGCCAUAUCCGAAAGAUCCGGCUCCUAAUUUACGGAUCAUCCACAUUCCACAGCAUGUCUUCGAGGAAAAAAUAGACUCCACGUUUACUAUAGAAAAGCUAAUGGACUACAGUUUUACAGUAAUGGAAAUGCUUAACAUUUUCAAGUCUUUUAUUGAUACAGCUAAUGAUACAGUAGCUAAUGCGGAAGUACAGCAGCUGAUGUUAGAUCCGCAGACACAUUUUGAUGUUGUUAUUGCAGAAUGGAUGGUAACGGAAAUAUUUAGUGGCUUCAGUGAAAUUUUCAACUGUCCACUCAUAUGGGCAUCUUCAAUGGAACCACAUAGCGUGAUAUUGCGUUUGAUAGACGAGAUUCCCCAUCCUGCGUAUUCAUCAAAUAUGUUAGGGAUUUUUGAACCGCCAUACAAUUUCGUCCAAAGAGCAAUAAACACUUCGUUGGAGAUUGCGUUAAAAGUAAUUAAAUGGUUUAUCAGUUUAAUAGAAGAACGGAUUUAUAAAGAAGGAUUUGCAGCUGCAUUCAAAGCAAAAGGUCUCGUUCAGCCUAGCUUGGAGGAAUUGAGAUACUCUGUUGCUUUGGUUUUGGGAAAUUCCCACGUUUCUUCUGGAGCUCCGCUGAAAUUGCCACAAAAUUACAAGGCUAUUGGCGGUUAUCAUAUAGCUGAACAAUCUAAGCCAUUGCCCAAGGAAUUUAAGAAUAUUUUAGACAACUCGAAGCAUGGCGUUAUUUAUUUCAGUCUAGGAUCGGUAGUUUCAAGUAAAUCGAUGCCUGCAGCAAUCAAAAAUGGAUUAUUUGAAAUGUUCAGGAGUUUGAAAUAUACUGUUAUAUGGAAAUUCGAAGAUGAAUUUCAAAAUGUUCCUGACAACGUUCAUAUCGUAAAAUGGGCACCACAGCAAAGCAUUCUAGCACAUCCUAACUGCAUUCUCUUCAUCACCCACGGUGGCUUAUUGUCUACAACGGAAACAUUACAUUACGGUGUUCCUAUUAUUGGAAUCCCUUUGUUUGGAGAUCAGACUAUGAAUAUCAAGAAGGCUGUCUAUAAAGGUAUUGGACUAGAAGUGAAACUUAAUUUCGAUACUCCAAAGAACUUGAAAGCAGCUAUAAAUGAGGUUUUGUCCAAUCAAAAAUAUCGCGAUCGAGUUAAGGAGUUGUCGAUGAUAUAUCACGAUCGUCCGGUGUCUCCGGGUGCUGAGCUGGUCCACUGGGUGGAGCACGUCGUCAAGACUAAAGGAGCUCUUCACCUGCGCUCACAGGCACUGCACGUGCCUUUGUACCAGAAGCUGUUAUUAGAUUUAAUCUUCGUGUCGUUAUUAUUGUUCCUUGGUUUUGUAUUCUUCGUCAAAUUUAUGGUGACCCGGUGUUUGAAAAAGAAAACAGAUAUUAGAAAAAAAACUUUGUAGCUUUAGACCUUAUACUAAUUAUACUUCAAAAUGAACUGCAGAUUCCUAAGUAAUACUUUAUACAUAGUUAGGUAAAUGGUUGGAUAUCCUAGGUUUCAGAUUUACCUAUUGCAUGCUACAAAUUGGAAAUGGUUUGAAUAUUCUUGUUAUCUACAAAGUACGUUAUUAUUAAUAUUAUUAUAAACUGGAUAUGUAUUUACGUACCAGAAUCUUUCAAUAUCAUUUUCACGGACUUUAUGUAGUACGGUCGACGCUCCAAGACCGAUGGGCAGCGCAUAGUCAUUUUAUUUGUACCACUAUCGUGAUUAGGAUCAAGUCACAUGAAUAGCCGCAAAUAUUUUAACUGCAUUUUUAGAAUCAGAUUUAUUUGUAAAAUUCGAUUUAUUUAUAUAUAAAUGGAUGGCCUAUAAAUUAAACCCAGCAAAUGGCUGAUUUCAAGACAUCGCGGUCUUCAAAUGGCCAAAAAAACACUAAAAAUACGUUUAUCUAAUUUCAUUAAAAAAAGGUAUUUUUAGAAUACUCAUUUUUGAAGUGAUAACUUCAGGGGGGUGAACCGCUUCGUUACGUAACGCGUUACGGCACCAGCCUGUCUGGCUUCCCUUUCUCACGCAUAUGGUAGCGGUACUGAAAACAUAAUAUGUCUUAACUAUUUAUAUAACUAUAUAUAUUUAAAUCUAGAUACUUAUAAUGUACUUAGACAAAAUUCUAAUGUAUAUGGAAAUUCAAGAAUUGUAACUAAGAAUAAAAUAUAUUUUAUAAUCAAUAAA